AUGGAUCGAGAACAGCAGAAAGGGGACAGGCUUUGCCUGGUAUCUGCAGGGAAAACCCAACUAGUAAAACAUUCUGAGACUGAAAAGCAUGUUAAAGCUUGGCAGAGAGCAUCAAUGGGCAAGCAAAGUCAAGUAAAAAUAAGUCAAAUGUUUGCAGAAAGUUCUAAAAAAAUAAGCAUUGAAGAAAAAGCGAAAGAAGGAAUUAUAAGAACUGCGGGGUUUCUAGCCGAACAUAAUCUCCCUAUGAAUUUGAUGGAGCAUUUCAUCGAUUAUCUCAAUGCUGUAGGCACUGAUUCAGAUAUUGUCAAACAAAUGAAAUGUAAACGAACAAAGAUGUCAAGAGUUUUACAAAAAGUUACAGGCUUGUCUCAAGAAUCUUGGCUACUUGGCCUAAUGAGGGAUAAUAAAUUUAGCAUUAUCAUAGAUGAGUCUACUGAUAACUCGUGCACCAAACAUUUAUGUUUAGUUGUAAGAAUGUGCAUUAAUUUUGACAUUGAAGACAACUUUUUGGCGUUAAUCCCAGUAGUAGAGACCACAGGGGCUGCACUUUAUGAAAUUUUAAUCAACUUCCUUACCGAAAAUGGUGUUCCAUAUAAGUCAAACUUUAUUGGCUUUGCUUCAGAUGGAGCGAGCAACAUGGUUGGCGUUAAUAAUUCUGUGGUCAGUCGAUUGCGAGAAAAUAUUCCAGGUAUAUUCAUAAUGAAAUGCAUAUGCCAUAGCUUUCAUUUGUGUGCAUCAUAUGCAUGCCACAAGUUGCCUGAGGAAGUGGAACAAUUUGCGAGAGAAGUAUAUAACUAUUUUUCAAAUAGUCCGAAGAGAGUGGAAGAAUAUAAGGAAUUCCAGGAAUUUGCAAAUGUCUCAAUAUCGAAGAUUUUACAUCCUAGCCAGACACGUUGGUUAUCUCUGGAAUGCGUGGUUAAAAGGCUUCUUAAUCAAUAUGAAGCUUUGAGGUUGUAUUUUGUAGAUCAGGCGUCUCUUAAAAUCAGUCAAGCAAAUAUUAUUUUAGAAAAACUAAACACGCCCGAAAAUAAAUUAUACUUAUCAUUUUUAUCGCAUGUACUACCUAUUUUUAAUAGCUUAAACAAAUUAAUGCAAAGCGAAUCGCCCAAAAUUCACGUUAUUUAUAAAGAGGUUGCUAGAACAGUUAAAACAAUUUUAGAUUAUUAUAUUAAGGACGAAUAUCUAAAUGCCAACAUUGAAAAUAUAGAUUUUAAAGACCCUAGACUUUUUUUAAAUUUAAAUGACAUGUACUUUUCUGCCCACAUAAACUCUGCCGAUCUGGAGAAAAACCGACUCGACAUGGUAAAAUUAAGAUGUCUAGACUUUUAUAUUGAGAGUGUGGAGCAAAUAUUUCAAAUCAGAAUUUUAACUAGUGAUAAAGAGUCCCCUAGGUAA